AUGAAACGUUUGAAUACACAUACACUGCUGUUGCCAGUUUUGCUACUGUGGGUUGUGUGUAGCGUAUCUGAGGUGCAGGCGCAGGUAAGAACCGUCAAGCUGUGUGGCCGAGAGUUCAUCAGGGCCGUCGUCUACACCUGUGGGGGAUCCAGAUGGAGGAGGUUGAGUAGUGUGCAGGAUAUGGAAGCUGAGCCAGGGGUUUUGAAUGAUGAUCCAAGUAGUGCUGAAGAUCUAAGUGAGGGUUUGGGAUCUGAUCUUUCCAGAAGAGACAUGAAUAAUGUGAUGACAAACAUGUGUUGUCACGUUGGCUGCAAGAAAAGUGACCUUGCGUUUCUCUGCUGA